GUCUUUCCAUGUGUCAUGUCUCCUCUUAAUAACACAAAAAUUGAAGUCCUUAGAUUUCUCCUUAUUGGGAUCCCUGGACUGGAGAAGAGUCACCUCUGGAUUUCUAUCCCUUUCUCAUCCGUGUACCUUCUUUCUUUUCUGGGUAACUUUGCCAUCCUCUUCUGUAUCAAGACGGAGAGAAGCCUCCAUGAACCCAUGUACUAUUUCCUUUCCAUGCUUUCCAUCUCUGACCUCGGUUUGUCCCUCUCUUCUUUACCCACCACUUUGGGGCUAUUCCUGUUUGAUGUCCAUGAAAUUAAUGCAUCAGCAUGCUUUGCCCAGGAGUUUUUUAUCCAUUUAUUUACAGUCACUGAAGCCUCUGUGCUGUCUGUAAUGGCAUUUGACCGAUAUGUGGCAAUCCACAAUCCUUUGAGAUACAGCACCAUUUUAACCGGUUCCAGAGUUAUCAAAACAGGGGUCUUUCUUUCUUCUAAGAAUAUUCUCUUGAUCCUUCCACUGCCCUUUCUCUUGCAACGACUGAGAUACUGUCACCGAAACCUGCUCUCACAUUCCUACUGUCUCCACCAGGAUGUCAUGAAGCUGGCAUGCUCUGACAACAGGGUCAAUGUUAUCUAUGGACUCUGUGCUGCGCUUUCUACCAUGCUGGACUUGGUGUUUAUUACGUUCUCAUAUGUAAUGAUUUUAAAGACAGUGCUGGGCAUUGCAACCCCCAGGGAACAGUUCAAGGCCCUCAACACCUGCAUCUCUCACAUCUGUGCCGUGCUGAUCUUCUAUGUGCCCAUGCUGAGUGCAGCCAUGCUUCACCGCUUUGGCAGGAAUGUGUCUCCUAUGAUCCAUAUCCUCAUGGCUGAUAUAUUCCUUCUGGUGCCACCCUUGAUGAAUCCCAUUGUGUACUGCGUGAAAACCCGGCAAAUUCGAGAAAAGGUUGUAGAGAAAUUUUGUCCAAAAAGAAGCUGA